AUGUCCAUGGAUCUUGACGAUGCCCCCGUCCCCAUCGGUGCGGUUGCCCACCAGACUGCCGCGACAAUUCUGUGCUGCAACUGCGGCGCUCCCAUCGACGGCACAACCGCCACCGGCGCGCUCUGCUUCAACUGCGUCAAGCUCACCGUCGACAUCUCGCAAGGCAUCCAGCGCGAGGCCACGCUCAACUUCUGUCGAGACUGCGACCGAUGGCUCCUCCCACCCACCAGCUGGGUCGUGGCCAUGCCCGAAUCCCGCGAACUCCUCGCCCUCUGUCUCAAGAAGCUGCGCGGCCUCCACAAAGUCCGCAUCGUCGACGCCAGUUUCGUCUGGACAGAGCCCCAUUCGCGGAGGAUCAAGGUCAAGCUGACCAUCCAGGACGCCGUCCAGGACGGCAUCCUGCUGCAGCAGAGCUUCGAGGUCGUCUACCUGGUAGCCACCCAGCAGUGCCCGGAAUGCGCAAAGUCCUACACGGCCAAUGUGUGGCGCGCCUGUGUCCAGGUCCGGCAAAAGGUUCUGCACAAGCGGACCUUUUUCUUCCUCGAGCAGCUCAUCAUGAAGCAUGGCGCUCACAAGGAUACCCUCAACAUCAAGGAAGCCAAGGACGGCGUCGACUUCUUCUUCUCGCAAAAAAACCAGGCCGAAAAGUUCAUCGACUUCCUCAACUCGGUCGUGCCCGUCAAGCUCAAGGCGUCCCAGGAGCUCAUUUCGCUGGACACGCAUACGUCCAAGCGGUCGUACAAGUUCACCUACUCGGCCGAGAUUGUACCCAUCUGCAGGGAUGACCUGGUGGCCAUGCCCAUAAAGCUGGCCAAGCACAUGGGCAACAUUUCUCCCCUGGUCUUGUGCCACAAGAUUGGGACCGCCGUGUAUCUCAUGGACCCCCAAACUCUUCAGACGGCCGACAUCAGCUCCCCGAUAUACUGGCGAGAUCCCUUCAGGUCGCUCGCUGAUGCGCACGAGCUGGUCGAGUUCAUCAUCAUGGACAUCGAGCCUGCCAAUAUGCGCAAGGGAAAAUGGGUCCUCUCCGAAGCCACGGUUGCUCGAGCCUCGGACCUCGGCGUCAACGACAAGACCUACUUUACCAGAACACAUCUCGGCCACUACCUGCAACCUGGUGACGCUGCCAUGGGUUACCUGCUGACAGGCACCAUGUUCAACAAUCCCGAGUUUGAAGCUAUUGAAGAGUCAAACGUGUACUCUUCCACAAUACCCGACGUCGUUUUGGUCAAGAAACACUAUCCCCGCCGCCGAAAGAACCGCGGCCGCAACUGGAAACUCAAGCGCAUGGAUAAGGACGAGGGAGAACUCUUGCCCAAAAAGGCUGAUCAAGACCGCAUGGAUCGCGAGUAUGAAAUGUUUCUGCGAGACGUCGAGGAGGAUGACGAGCUUCGUGCUGCUCUGGCCCUCUACAAGAACGAGAAAAAGCAUGAUGAGGAAGAGAUGAGCAUGGCCGAGACGGAGGAGGAUGAUGGCGCACCGCAAGUAAAUAUGGACGAGUUGCUGGACGACUUUGACGAGCUCACGAUGCAGGAGACUUGA